AUGCCUCACAAGGCUAUCUGGGUGAAUGGUGAUGCCACCCAGGAGAUUAAGACAGUGGAGGGAGGAUACAAACCAUCGGCGGAUGAGUUGCUGUUGAAGACAAUAUGCGUUGGAGUAAAUCCAGGAGAUUAUAAGUAUUUACUGCCUUGGACCUUCUCAGAGUUCAUCAUACUCCAGGACUGGCAUCCAGAGGUUUUUGGGGCCGUCAACACGAUUGAAGGAUUCGAUGUUGUCGGCGAGGUCGUUGAGGUUGGGUCUGAACAGUCCAACUUCAAGAUUGGCGAUAAGGUUUUGACGUUUACAAGAGGCAUUGGACCGCCUGAAUGGGGAGGAUCUCAGGAAUAUUUCCUUGCACUUGCCGUGACGACCUGGAAAUUUGAUGAAAAUGUGUUGAGCGAAGAGGAAGCCGCCACCAUUCCUUUGACCUCCUGUACAGCUUGUGAUGGUCUUUACAAUCGAAUGCAGCCCCCCCUUCCGCUACCGUGGGAGCAAAAGUGCGACUGGCCAAUCCUUCUUUGGGGAGGUUCAAGCCAGGUUGGGAUUCAGGCCAUACAAUUUGCGAAAAUCAGUGGUUGCAGCCCGAUCAUCGUCACUGCAUCCCCCCGGCAGCACGAUUACCUCAAGAGUUUAGGAGCUGACCAUGUCUUUAAUUACCGUGACGAAGAUGUCGUCAGCAAGAUCAAAUCUGUCAUACCACCCGGCAAGACUUUAUCGCACGCUUACGACUGCGUCGGGGUAGAUAUUACCCCCUUAGAAGAGGCCGUUGCCCCCGGCGGAUCAAUUAUCUUGGCCUUACCGCCCACGCGCCCCAGCCCAAACCACCAUGCUGAGAUGGCUAUCGCUGGGAUUAUCCAGGAUCUGGAGACUUUCAAAACCGAGGACUUCAAAUUCCAUGAGGGAGAACCUCACGACUCCAAAGGGGCCCUGAGGUUAAGAGCCAUGAUGGCCUGGACAAUGGAACAUGUUGGGAAAGAGUAUAAGCCCGCCAGGGUCAGGCAUUUGUCCGGUAAAGGGAUGUACGACGCAUUUGAGGCAUUCGAAUUGAUGAGGGCGAACAAAAUCAAUGCAGAGAAGGUUGUAUGGCGUAUGUCGGAAACUCCAGGUUUAUAG